CGGGUUUCUGACUCCCGCCGGUAGCAUCCUCAUUCUGCGGCUAAUUCUGUUCACAGUGAAGUGCUGGUGGUCUGAGCGGGGAACUCUUCUUGGUGCCGCCGGUUGCAUCUGGCUCGGAUGCUGAAAACUGUAGAGGAAUCUAGGGCUUGGGGUGCUUUACCGCUGCGACCAAGCAUUAUGGUAUUCAUCACUCCUUCAAACUUAAUCAUAUACUGCCUGUGACCAGCAGAAAGAGGAGUCUUGGGAGUAGGAGGGUAAGAUCUAAAAGGAGAUCAUCUUCUAUUUGACAUGGAAACUGGCCUAUAAGUACUCAAGGAUAUGAAUUGAGCUACUCAGAAACUACCUUUGAGAAGAUGAUCUGUCAAUGAAGGGAGUGGAGCUUGCUCGUUGUACACGCUGCUUCACACCCGAGGAUGUCAAUGGAAAAGCCUCAGUCCCAGGCAGAGGCACCAGAAAGGGCAUGGACAUGUUCAUGAACUUCAAGAGGCAGCCGCUAGCUGACCAGAAACUCUGCUCUAGGGAUGGACACAUGGAAGCUGUAGCACAGAUGUGCUCAUUGUGCCGACAGGACCUGCAAGAUGAGGGCUCUUGGUUUCUACCAUGCCAACAUUUGUUCUGUAAGGACUGCUUCCAGGGCUUGAUGCAGGAGUUAAACCAUAUUGCCAGGGCUUAUGGGACUGUCCCAGAUGAGCUCAUCUCCUGUCCUGGAUGUAAGCGAGUGUAUCUUACCAGGGAUGUAACUGAACAUUUUUUUCUACAGUGCUUUCCUACUGGGCACCCCAAAAUGGCCAGGAACUGCUCUGAGUGCAAGGAGAAGAGGGCAGCACACAUCCUCUGUACCUACUGCAAUCGCUGGCUGUGCAGCUCCUGCACAGAGGAACACCGCCAUGGCCCUGCCCCUGGGGGCUCUAUCUUUCCCAGGGCCCAGAAGGGAUCUUCAGGAGUGAAUGGUGAUUCUGGGGACUUUGCUUUGUACUGUCCUCUACACACACAUGAAGUGCUCAAGCUAUUCUGCGAGACCUGUGAUGUGCUCACAUGCCAUAGCUGCCUGAUGGUGGAACACAAAGAACAUAGAUGCAGACAUGUUGAAGAAGUUCUACAAAACCAGAGGAUGCUUCUGGAAAGUGUGACUGCACAGGUGGCACAUAAGAAAUCCAGUCUACAGACAUCUGCAAAGCAAAUUGAGGACAGGAUUUUUGAAGUGAAGCAUCAGCACAGGAAGGUGGAAAACCAGAUCAAAAUGGCCAAGAUGGUCCUGAUGAAUGAGCUGAACAAACAGGCCAAUGGACUCAUAGAGGAGUUGGAGGGCAUUACUAAUGAGAGAAAGCGGAAGUUGGAACAGCAAUUACAGAGCAUUGUGGUUCUCAACCGUCAGUUUGAGCAUGUGCAGAAUUUCAUCAAUUGGGCUGUCUGCAGCAAAACCAGCGUUCCUUUCCUUUUCAGCAAAGAGCUGAUUGUGUUUCAGAUGCAGCGAUUGCUUGAGACAAAUUGUAAUACAGAUCCUGGUUCCCCUUGGAGUAUCAGAUUCACCUGGGAGCCUAACUUCUGGACCAAGCAGCUGGCUUCCCUUGGCUGCAUAACUACUGAAGGUGGACAGCUCUCCCGGACAGAUACUCCUGCUUAUGGAGGUUUGCAGGGGCCAUCUUCCUUUUAUCAAAGCCACCAACCCCCAGUGGCUCAGCAAGAGUCUCUCAGCCACUCUUCACACAAGUUCCAGCCUCCGGCUUUGUGUUCUUCAUCUGUGUGCUGCUCCCACUGCUCCCCCAUCUCACCCUCCCUCAAAGGCCAGAUCCCUCCACCCAGCAUACACACAACCCAGAGUUUUAGACAGCCCUCUGAGAUGGUACCCCAACAGUUGGGGUCACUGCAGUGCUCUACCCUGCUGACCAGGGAGAAGGAGCUGGCCUGUAGCAGUCAUCCCCCAAAACUGCUACAGCCAUGGCUGGAAACCCAGCCCCCUGUAGAACAGGAAAACACAUCCCAGCGGCCUGGGCAGCAGCAGCUGACUUCCCAGCCCGUGUGCAUAGUCCCACCACAGGACAUUCAGCAAGGAACCCAUGCUCAAUCCACCUUACAGACUCCCUCCAUUCAAGUCCAGUUUGGCCACCACCAGAAGCUGAAGCUUAGCCACUUUCAGCAGCAGCCACAGCAGCAGCUGCCACCUCCUCCACCUCCACCACCUCCACCCCUGCAGCAGCCACCCUUACCUCUACCUCCAUCGCAGCAUCUGGCUUCGGGUCAACAUGAGAAUCCUCCUGGGCCUGCCUGUUCCCAGAAUGUGGACAUAAUGCACCAUAAAUUUGAGCUGGAGGAGAUGCAGAAGGACUUGGAGCUGCUCCUCCAGGCUCAGCAGCCCAGCCUGCAGCUGAGUCAGACCAAAUCUCCUCAGCAUCUACAACAAACCAUUGUGGGGCAGAUAAACUACAUUGUGAGGCAGCCAGCACCUGUCCAGUCCCAGAGCCAGGAGGACACCCUGCAGGUUACAGAUGAGCCUCCAGCAUCUGAGGGCCCAAAGCCAGCUCUCCCUCUUGAGAAGAAUGUUGCUGCUUCCUUGCCCCAGACAUCUGGGGAGGAAACUUCUCAUAGUGUCCCCUCUAUGGACAACACCAACCAGCACUCCUCUCCAAAUGUGGUGAGAAAGAACUCCACCUCGGUGAGCAUCAUGGGCUUUUCCAACACUUUGGAGAUGGAGUUGUCAUCUACCAAGCUGGCAAGGACCCUAGAACCACAGGUUCAGAGUUUGAGAAGCCUGACACCUGGCCCUCCUCAGGCAGUACCCAGUCUGCUGAGUGGCCCCCCACAAGCUGUGUCCAGCCUGACGAGUGUUCAAAACCAUACCAUGCCCAGCCCGACAACCAGUCAUCUACAGGUCAUACCAAGCCUUGUGCAUGGCACAUUCCAGUCCAUGCCCAACAUGAUGAAUGAGACCUCCCCAGCCAUCACAAGCCUAGCAAGUGACCAUUCUCAGGCCAGGCCCAGCCUACUGUCUGCUCACACCCAAGCUGUGCCAAGUCUAGCUACUUGUCCUUUGAAGAGCAUGCCCCUAGUUUCUGACAUGCAGCUGGAAACUGGAUCCACUUCCAGUCCUGACCCUGGCCGAGCUGUAGAGAGCCUAUGCCCCAAGGAUGGAGUUGAUCCCUCCCUGAGAAAUGCCCUAUGUAAGAUGGAAAGUGAGGAUUCUUCUCACUUUACUGACUCAGUGGGACAAGGCCCCAUGGCCCCUGGCCUGGAUGUGCCCAAAGACUUGGCUAUUACCUCAGAAUUAGAGGAGCCAAUUAAUCUCUCUGUGAAAAGACCUCCCCUGGCACCGGUGAUCAACACAUCUAAAGCUCUACAGCAGUACCGGAACCCACAAGAAUAUCAGAAUUUUGAACAAAGACCCUUAGAGAUGGAUAAAAAAGAAAAUCAGAGCAUCAGAGCUUUCAACAGUGAGCCCAAGAUUCCCUAUGUGCGACUGGAGCGACUCAAGAUCUGUGCUGCUUCCUCGGGAGAGAUGCCUGUGUUCAAGCUGAAGCCUCAGAAAAAUGAUCAGGAUGGGAGCUUCUUGCUGGUUAUUGAAUGUGGCACCGAGUCCUCCAGCAUGUCCAUUAAGGUUAGCCAGGACAGCCUGCCUGAUGCCAUCCAGGCCCCAGGUCUGGGGGGAAGAAAGGUCACUGUCACUUCCCUGGCUGGGCAGCAGCCACCAGAGGUGGAAAGUACAAAUCCUGAAGAACACAGACUCAUUUCUCGAAUUCCUGGAGCCAAGAAGGGUCCCCAAGUCCCAAUAGAGAAUGAGGACUUCUGUGCUGUGUGUCUCAAUGGUGGAGAGUUGCUGUGCUGUGACCGCUGCCCCAAAGUGUUUCACCUUUCCUGCCAUGUGCCAGCCUUGCUCAGCUUCCCAGGGGGAGAGUGGGUGUGUACCUUGUGUUGCAGCUUGACGCAGCCCGAGAUGGAAUAUGACUGUGAGAAUACUCGCUAUAGCCAGCCUGGAGUGCGGGUACUUCCUGGCCUGAGCACAUGCGACCAGAAGAAAUGUGAGAAGCUGGUAUUGUCCUUGUGCUGCAAUAGCCUCAGUCUGCCCUUCCAUGAACCUGUCAGCCCCUUGGCACGACAUUAUUAUCAGAUUAUCAAGAGGCCCAUGGACCUGUCAAUCAUCCGGAGGAAGCUUCAAAAGAAGGACCCAGCUCAUUAUACCACCCCAGAGGAGGUGGUAUCAGACGUGCGCCUCAUGUUCUGGAACUGUGCUAAAUUUAAUUAUCCUGACUCAGAGGUUGCAGAGGCUGGCCGCUGCCUGGAAGUAUUCUUUGAGGGAUGGUUGAAGGAGAUCUACCCAGAGAAACAGUUUGCCCAGCCAAGGCAGCAAGACUCAGACUCUGAGGAGGUGUCUAGUGAGAGUGGAUGUUCCACCCCUCAGGGCUUCCCAUGGCCCCCCUGUGUUCAGGAAGGCAUCCAACCCAAGAGGCGGCGAAGACAUAUGGAGAAUGAAAAAGCAAAGAGAAUGUCGUUCCGCCUGGCCAACAGCAUCUCACAGGUGUGAGAGCUGGAAGGAGACCGAGCACUCUGGUGGCUGGUGUCCCGUCCUUUUGACUGUUCCUCCCCAUCCUUCAGCUUACUCUUCAGAAUGUGGAUGUGAGAUAAGAUGAGUCUUGUUGAGCUGUGUAGUGCUCUUCCUUGUCAUUUGCAUCUACAGCAUUUAUUUGGGAGCCAUAGCGCAUCCACUACAGAGAAGAUUCAGUAAUAAAGAGGAAAGAGGGAGAGA